AUCAUUCCACAUGAAACAAAAAGAAGAACAGCAAAAUCAGGCUUUCUCCGACCGGCUUUUGCGGGUCAUUCGACCGCAAGAUCGAUGGACCGCCCCCUUUUUUUUUGCGUUAUCGGUCGUGAUGCGGUGUUCUUUCAGAUAGUUAAAAAGCGCGCAGGAAGACAAUUGAGUGAAAGGUCUUUUCUUCUUUAUAUUCAAUUUAGAGCAGUCGAGGUCUACCGGAGGCGGUUUUGAAGUCGCGCAAAAACCUUCGAUGGAAGAGCAAGUUGAAUCGUCAAGUGUCGAGCAGUGCCAAAUGUUCUCUAUUGCAGUUCGCUCGAUUUAAAUUUAGUCAUUUACAUUCGUGGCAAAGAAUGCAAUCGCUAAUUCUCGUUGUUCUGAUUGCUUUUUCGAUAGCUACAGUUUGCAGUAUCAAACAAGAUGAUUUGAUAAUUGCUGUGGGGCAUCAGCUGGAGCUUCUCACUGAUGGAAGUACAUAUCGACGACUGACGUUGAAUGCUUACAAUGAAUCAAAACCGUCAGCCUUGGCAUACGAUGCCACGUCAAGGAAACUCUUUUUCUCUGAUCUACGUCAUCUUCACGGCCACAUAUUCAGCGUCAAUGUCGACGAGGAAGUGCCCCACAUUGUGGAGGAUAUGGUCAAGAAAAGAAGCAAUGAAACUGUCGAGAGCAUGACGUACGAUCCUGUUGAUAAAAUGCUUUUCUGGACUGAUGGAUUUAAUCGAUCUAUACGUCGAGUGCAGAUUGACCACGACAACUUCCCUACGGAAGAAAAUGAUGGCGUUGAAGUAGUGCAUUUCCUAGAAUACGACGCUAAACCACGGGGUUUGGUUUCCGAUCCUUGUACAAGGAUGUUAUACUGGACAAACAUCCAUGAAGCUCGUCCAACAAUUGAACGUUCAUUUCUCAAUGGAAGUCAACGUGAAAUCGUGAUCGAAACUGAUUUGUUAUUACCUAAUUCGUUAGAUCUUGACGUGUUGGAGCAGAAGCUCUAUUGGGUGGAGAGUCUUUCUAGCGGUUACUUUCACAUUGAACGAAGUUUCGUGAAUGGAACAAAUAGAGAAGAGAUUUACCGUGGCAUCGGUCAAUUUGUCGUCAGUCUUGCUGUUGGUGAUGAUUACGUCUACUGGAGUGAUUACAAUCACAAGAAGCUAUGGUACAUCCGGAAAGAUGGUUCUUCGAAACGAGCCAUGUCUAUUGGAACAUUUCGCCAUCCAGUAAUGGAUGUCGUAGUGUUGCGUCAUCACCCAAUAAACUGCUCUCUAAUUCCGUCACCAUCUCAUCCAGUCGAUGUUGUUUCAGAGCCCAUUCAGAACGGAGGUGUAAAUGCGGACGUUUGUUCAGAUUUCUGCAACAACAAUGGCGAAUGUAUCACCGUGAAUUCUGUUUUACGUUGCAGUUGUUCGAUCGGAUUCAGCGGAGACCGGUGUGAGUCGGUUGACGAGCAGUCUGUUUCGUUUGUCGACGAGCUCAAAGAAAUGAACGAAACUGAUGUUGAAUUGCCGUUACGCCAAACGUCUUCCGUAUACACAACGAUAGCAAAAACGUGUAUACCUCUUACGUGUCUUCUUGUCAUUGCAAUCGCCACCGUUAUUAGGCUCCGGUUCUUAAGCGCGAGUAAAUUAACGCGAAGAUCGUCUGACAAGGAGAGCACUGUUGUUAUCACGGAAGAUUUAGAGGGCAAUUCAAAUUCUCUUUCAAUGUGUGAAAGGCCGAGCAUGCAGCAGGAAGUCACGGUCGAAUUACCAAAAGAGGAUGGCUGGAAAAAAGCCGGUGAUUGUGCCACGUUAUUGGAGAACGAAUUUUGACACGCCAAAACCAGAAGCGGCUAUCUACGUUUAAUCUUUUUCGAGUAAUCUAGCACUCCUUCCUGCGUAACAGGCGAGUACGACGCUAAUGCCAAGGUGCCCUUAAACUAAGCCACCGUAAAAAUUUGUUGACUCUUCGUUGCCCUAUCUAGGAGAUCCAACAAUAACAAGGGCUCGUAACAUUUUUCGUUUUAACAUUUACUUUUUGAGUACUAAUUCACCAUACAAUGUCAAUUAUCAUACAAUGUAUGAAUUCUGUUAACUC